AUGGACGAGGAAAAGAUGACUGCUAGCCUGGAGCCAUGCCAGGCUGAAGUCUGUGCUUUCAUUGCUGCGUCCCUUCCUCCGGGCACCCAGGGAACCUCAUUCCUGGCCCAUUUCCACAACGCCCAGCUCUUCCCUGGCUGUCAAGGGAUGUCUCCUGUGGCAGGCGUCCCGCACACGACACGGCACCUGCACGGAGCCUCCCGGGCUCCACGCCCCGGGCUGGGCCUGUCUCUCAACGUCGUUCCGUUGGGUUUUGUGACUUGCGACCGACACUCCCCACAAUCUAUUAGCCGAGUGCAGUUACGGCCGCGGCCGCCGUGGCACCACUCACGGAGGAAGCUGUGCGGGGCUCCCGGGCGCCCGGGCGCGGAGACCCAGACACGCGCAGGGCUCCGGCUCCGGCUCCGGCUCCGGCUCCGCGCCGCUCGCUGCGCUGCAGACACGCCUGGCAACCAGCGCUUCCUGCGGCAGCGGCGGCGGCCCCGGGCCCCGGGCCCCCGGCCCGCAGCGGCGGGCGUCCACCUCGACCGUGGCCCGCACCGCGCCCGUGAGGCGGGUCCUUCCUGCGCGGCAGGAGUCAGGAGGCACCGGGGGUCCCGCGGCAAAGUGGCGGCCACGGGGUACACCGGGCCCACGUCGAGCAGCCGGCUUCCUCACCUCCCUCCAUCCCGAAGUCCCUGUGGCGACUUGGGGGAAGCUCCCCCCACCCGUGCCCCCAGGUGGCGUCCACGCUCCCGACAGCCGGCACCAGGGGAGGAAGGCAAGACCGAGACACAUCAGCAGUUAAGUCUAGAUUCUCUGGGGCUUGAAGAGCUUGCCCUGGAAAAGUACUCCAUUGCUGUGCCUCUUGCCUGUAACUCAGAGAAGGCCUCUGAGAAGGAAGUUGGGAGCCCUGAAAGGAUGCCAUCGGGGGGAGCCCCCACUGUGGAGAGAAGGUUCAUCAGCCUUUCCAUUACCAUUGAGAACCACAGCCCGCUAGUCACACUACCUCAGUGCUUAGGGAUCAGAGCGCUUUCUGAAGUCCUGGAAUUUCCCUGGGAAGAAGACUCACACGUGUUCAAGUGUUCUGCCUGUGGCCAAAGCUUCAGUGAUGGUUCACACCUUGCCCUGCACCAGCAAACUCACCUGGGGGAGAAGAAGCAUGCGUGUGCCGAGUGCGGGAAGCUCUUCAGCCACAGAGCCACCCUGCGCAUCCACACGCGCAUCCACACGGGCGAGAAGCCCUUCCGGUGCUCGACCUGGGGCACCAGCUUCCGCCAGCACUCGCACCUGGCCGGGCACAUGAACGUGCACGUGAAGAAGCCCCACAGCUGCGGCAUCUGUGGGCGGAGCUUCCUGUGGCUCUCGGGCUUGGCGCAGCACCAGAAAGUCCACGCUUCCCAGAACCGCUGCGAGUGUCCUCACUGCGGGCAGCUGUUUGCCCAGCAGACACACCUGGAUCUGCACAUGAAGGCGCACGCAUCUGCUGUCCAGCACUGGCACAGCCUGCGCCCUGGGCAGCCCUCCUACCUCAGCCUCCCCGAGAGGGCCACCGCUGACGGUGGCCACGGGAGAACCCUGCUCUCCUCCUCCCAGUUGAAGCCCUUCGAGUGUCUUCAGUGUGCGGCCACCUUUUUGAAUCUCUCUGAGCUCACUUCCCAUCAGAAUACUCACUGGAAGCAGCCCCAGAGAUGCAGAACAGCUACAGAUGGUUUUCAUGUGAACUCUGAGCUCGAGCACCACCAGAAUGGGCACACCGCAGAGAGGCCCUUUAAAUGUACAGAGUGUGGGAAAAGUUUCAGGCUCUACAUGUAUCUGGGCAUUCACCAGAGAAUCCACGCCAUGCAAAUGUGAUGCGUUCCCUGUAAGGCUGUGCUUGGCUGUGUGGAGAGUGACACCUGGGGACAGGUGGCCUUUAUGUGUCUGCCAGGCCCUGUGCUGGCCUCUUCAAGUGUUCCAAGCAGUGCGUCACCCAGUGUUCACCAGGCCUGGAGUGAGAGGCUGUGGUUUAUGGGUUACAGUCACCACAUAGCUGUCGUCCGUCAGCGUCCUGGGUUGUGAACGAAACCAGAAUCCUUAGUUGCUAUUCAAUGUCAUUUAUGUGAACUUUUGCUAUUCAAUGUCAUUUAUGUGAACUUUAGAACAGUCAAGUCUUUUUUUAUUAGUUUUUCAUUAAAAUGGAGUUUAUUGCUAAAGUUA